CAUUUUUGGCCACGGAUAAGGCGCCUCAAACAUGACCAAAGAAGACGAGAUCCCCGACUGGGUGGGAGCGCAGGAGUUUUACGAUAAAUAUGAACCGAAGGAGAUUCUUGGAAGGGGCGUGAGCAGUGUGGUGCGUCGCUGUGUGCAUAAGCGCACCCAACAGGACUACGCGGUGAAGAUCAUCGACAUCACGCCCUCUGACAAAAUGACCCCGCAGGAGAUCCAGGAGAUCCAGGAGGCCACCGUGAAGGAGAUUGACAUCCUGAAGAAGGUCUACGGGCAGAACAACAUCAUUCAGCUGAAGGACUGCUUUGAGUCCAAGGCUUUCUUCUUCCUGGUGUUUGACCUGAUGAAGAGGGGGGAGCUGUUCGAUUACCUCACAGAGAUGGUCACGCUGAGCGAGAAGGAGACCAGGAAGAUCAUGCGGGCCCUGCUGGAGGUGGUCCAGUUCCUGCACUCCCAGAACAUCGUGCACCGGGACCUGAAACCGGAGAACAUCCUCCUGGAUGACGACAUGAACAUCAAGCUCACAGACUUCGGUUUCUCCGUCCAGAUUGAGCCAGGCCAGAAGCUCAACGAGGUAUGUGGGACCCCUGGAUACCUGGCUCCCGAAAUCAUACAGUGUUCCAUGGACCCCAACUGUCCAGGAUACGGGACCGCCGUCGACCUGUGGAGCUCGGGGGUGAUCAUGUACACCCUGCUGGCCGGCUCUCCGCCCUUCUGGCACCGGAAGCAGAUGCUGAUGCUGCGCAUGAUCCUGUCGGGGAGCUACCAGUUCUCCUCCCCGGAGUGGGACGACCGCUCCGACACAGUCAAAGACCUGAUCUCGCACAUGCUGGUGGUGGACCCCGAGAAACGCUUCACUGCCACAGACGCUCUGAAUCACCCCUUCUUCCAGCAGUACGUCGUGGCAGAAGUGCGUCACUUUAGCCCCUACAGGAAGUUCAAGGUCAUCUGCAUGACGGUGCUGGCGACCAUGCGGAUCUACUGCAACUACCGGCGCGCGAAGCCGGUGACGAAGGAGGUGAUCCAGAGCGACCCGUACGCCCUGAAGCCGCUGCGGAAGCUGAUCGACGGCUGCGCCUUCAAGAUCUACGGCCACUGGGUGAAGAAGGGCCAGGCGCAGAACCGCGCGGCGCUGUUCGAGAACACGCCCAAGGCCAUCCUACUGUCCAUCGCCAGCGAGGGCGAGGACGCGUCGCUGCGCAGCUGGUAAUGCGGGGGCGUGGGGGGGCCCGCCCGAAACUGCCCCAACCCCCCCCCCCCCCAGACCACCGGUCUCUGCAGCCGUGGGAGCCGUCUGCUGGGUCCUCCGAGUUCUGCUCUGAGGGAAUCGUCGUCGGCGAUUCGCUGAUUCGUCGCUAGGUGACCACAAUGAUAUGGAAUGUGAUGACACGUUUGCCUCUAUGACAUCAUGUCAUUGUGUGAUGUCAAAUGUUGAAUGUGCACGAGCGCACUGCCGUCUCCAAAAAAUGUUUUAAAUUUUCUAAUUGGAGUGUAGGGCAGAUUAGGUUAUUCAUCAGAGAAUAUUAAAACAUUUGUGGGCAGAAUUUUGUUAUUAGCACUGAUGUUUGGACAAAGUUUUGGGGAAUUUUUUUUUUGAAAAUUACAUGGCAAGAAAAGUAUCCAAGUAAAACAAUUUAUUUAAAAAAUUGAGGCUGAUUUGGUCAAAUUACACAAAGAUCUGGCCUUACAUUUCAGCUAUAGCUUACUGCCAAUUUUAUUUUCUGUCAUAAAAUAAAUCCAUUUUUUAAAUAAAGUGCUUUUAUUCUGUUCUUGGCUGAUGUAUAGUUGGCCAGUGUGCAGCAUCCUAUCGGAACAGGAGCAUCGUGUCUGAGUCCAUGCAGACAGGUGGUCCCCUAUGUACACAGCUGAUUAAGGGAGGUGUGGAAGAUGAACCGCUUUUCCACGGUCCCCACCCACUGAUCAAAAUGAAUGAAUGAAUCUCUUGGAAGGUGUUUGAUUGGCUGAAGUGAUGAUUACAUCAGUCAGUGCCAUGUGUAAUUGACCGAGCUAGUGCUUGCAUCACUACGCUCUUUUGAUUGGUCGAGUUGAUGUUGAUCUCUCAGCUCCUUGUUUGAUUGGCUUAGCCAAGUCACAUCCUUGUUGAUGUCCAACCAAACACCGUCCCUGGGUUUUCUCUCCCUGGAGAACUGUGAACCAGCAGAGGUCUUAAUUCAAAUUAGAGCACUUAUUUAAAAAAGCGAUUAAAUAUUUAAAUAUCAUCCCCACCCACUAGCGAUGUUAGAGCAGUUUACCAGACAUUAUUAUAAUUACUCUUAUGUAGAAUAAGUAUAUAUAUUCUUAUAUACUGCUUAUAUAAUUACUCUGAUAUCAUUGUUACUCCUUAUGAAAUGUUAUAUCACAUACAGUACAAUGUGCCCCUGUUUAAAAAUCAAAUUUAGUUAUUCUGAUUUUGUUAGUUAAAAUACAUCUGUUUAAAGAACACAAGCUCUUAAAGAAUUUUUUUAAAGCACAGCUGUCUACGUGCAGUUCUGUUUUGCUCAUGCAUGUAAUUAUAUUUAUGCUUUUAGUUUCUUUUUUUGCAGUGUUGGGAACUACUAAAAAAAACCCUGCAUACUUGAAAUUAUUUGCACAAGAACGUACAGUGCAUUAUUUAUUUUAGAAAUAUUGCAGUUUUAAGGUUUAGUUGCUAAAUGAGUCUCGGAUAGUUUGCAUUAAUGUGGAUGUGUUUCAGUUACUGUUGCAUCACUAAUUGCAUUAACUCCUCUAUGUAGAGAUGGGAAUAAAACCAUGUGUCCUGUAAUAAAAUACCUCAAAUAAAGGUAUCUGAACAACA